AUGGCUUAUCACGUUUUUGUCUUUGUGGCACUUAACUUCGAUUAUUAUUAUAAUACAUUUAUGAUAGGCUUGUCAGAAAUUAGGCGAGCAGAAGAACGCUUAAUUACCUUGAAAAGCGGACAUAUAUUGUACCAUACAAAUGCUUCAAAUGGCCAACAAGGAGUUGGAUUUCUGAUACACAAGGCGCUAAGCAAGAACAUCAUCGAGGUACAGCAAAUUAGCGCAAGGGUGGCUACAGUCAAGCUCAAAGUGAAUCAGAGAUUCUCAAUGAAACUCAUUCAGGUAUAUGCACCAACAUCAAGCAGACCAGAUGAAGAAGUAGAACAACUGUAUGAAGAAGUACAACGUCAGUUGACAACAGACUGCCACUACCACAUAGUCAUGGGUGAUUUCAACGCCAAGAUCGGGAUAAAGUCAGACGAACAAGAGCAUGCCACAGGGAAAUUGGCAGCGGAGAGAGGAAUGAAAGAGGAGACUUACUGA